AUGAAUAACGUUGAAAUCGAAGACUUUUAUCACCACGAUUUCACUACGGCUUCGGAAUGGGAGGUGUUCAUAGCACGUCUCGAAGAAAUUAUGCACGAAUGGAAACUAACCAGCACGAAAAUUGGUCGUUGUUUAAAGUCAGGAGAUUUUGUCAACUGUCAGUGGAAUGAAAAUUCCGAGAAACUUCAUUUUGCUGAUUCAGAAUUCACGUUGAAGCAUUUUAAGUUGAAAUUGGAAAAUGGGGACAUAGACAGUCCUUUGGAUGAAAAUGAGGAAGAGAAAGUACAGUGUCAUAGAGAUGUGAUAAAUACGUCAAAUGAUUUUGCCAGAAUGGAUGAAAAUCAUUUAGAGAUAGCUUGCUACUAUGGCAUCAGAGAGUUCCUUGUCUUACAGUCUACUAAAAGAGAAUCUGUGACAGAUGAAACUAAAAUUAAAAUACUACUCAGCUCUUUAACAAUUGCAGCAGCUAAUGCCAAUUGCGAUAUACCUACCCUGGUGCAAGUGCAAGAAUCAUGGCAAAAGAUGUACCUGGGAACUAGUAUUGGGAAAGGAAUUUGCAGUCAUUUUGACAUGGUGCACUUGAAAAAGAUACCGCCUCAUUGCAAAUACCUCACUGGUUUACUUGCUUUGUUUAAACAGAAGGCAGGAGAAUCUUGUGGAGUAAGGCUAGAUCCAGUAAUGAUAUCGGUGAGGUUCUCUUAUCUGUUGAAAGAUUGGACCACUAGUACAUGGACGCAAGAACCUCCAGACUUUGAUUUCAUGCAAGGAGAAACAUUAGGCGUAGCUGAAUUAGGCAAACUUCCAUUUGGAGCUACAUAUGAUCCUAUCGCGGAGCUCCAUUUAUUUACUACAUGGCCGGAAAUGUUGGAGAGCGUGGUAAUCGACAGUGAAGGUUUUACGGACUUGGAGCCACAGUUGGCACUUGAAUGGUCUGUGCAAGUAACAAUGAUAUCUUCGCCGGCUUGUCUACUCGGGGAAUAUUUAACAGACUUUUUGCACGUUUGUAACAACCCGAAAACUAUAGUAGAUUUGCUUGGAGACGCUGUGAUAUAUUCUCAACAAGAAGAGCAAUCAUUGAGUUCGGUUUUUAAUAUACUGACAGAGUCCAGAAUACCUACUAUUUCAGCAGUGGUUAGCAAAGCGACUCCGAAAAAGAAUACUAACGUGGAAGGACCUAUACAAGAGGAGAUAUUGUUGUCGAUAUUAUAUUUUCUAUUUCCUGAUGCGGAUAAGAACACUAAAACUCCAUAUGGCGACGUGAGUACCUGCAACGUGGACGAGGAUCAGUGGAAAGGAGUCAAAACUUGCGCCAUGGACAGUUUAGUAUGGCGCCUCUCUGUUGUCGCUGCACAUUGUACACACAAUCUUGGAGGUGUGGUUGCCCUAGCACAAUUGUGGUACGAGUUUGUGCAAGAGAUCAGAUUUCGUUGGGAAAGAAGCAUUCUCAUACCUGGAGUCGGUCCAGGUUUUCCAGAUUCCGUACGGACUUGCAUACUGCAUCAAAAACUUCAGAUGAUGAACUGCUGCAUCGAGAAGAAAAAGACUAGAGAAGAAUCAGCGCAUAAAUUCCACAGCAUGGACACCGAGGACUUCGAGACAGAGUCGGAAGAAGAAGAGUUUUUCGAGUGCACCAGCGAGGAACCAGCAAACGAGGACGUCUCGGCGACAAGGACGCAAUUGAAAGCGAGGUAUCCGUUGUGGAAUAAGCCCGCAGGAAGAUUGGCCAAACAUCCUUCGCUCAAAUUAAUCCAAACCGGAGAACCUCUUUAUUUGCCGAUAACACAGGAUCCGGUCCCGAAGACCGAGGAUCAGCUCGAGGAAGACGCACAGGUGAUGAUGCAGCUUGGAACCGACAAACAAGCAUCGGAAAUGCGAGCCAGAUUGAUGAGCGCGUCCCUCUUGUCAGACAUGGAAUCGUUCAAGGCGGCGAAUCCUGGAGCAGUGUUGGAAGACUUCAUUCGAUGGUAUUCUCCAAGAGAUUGGGUCGAAGACGAUGGAAUGGACGAGUGGAGCCAACCUACAGGGCAUUUAUCCGCAAGAAUGUUGAUACCCAACAACCCAUGGACCACGUCUUGGAGUUCAGCGCAGCCUGUCCCCGCGCAUCAACAGAAAAGGCUGUUCGACGAUACUAAAGAAGCGGAAAAAGCGUUGCAUUACCUAAGCUCGAAGCGGAUAGGUCAAGUCGCACAGCAUCUUCUGCCAGUACUGACUCACGCGGCACUGUAUACCCUCAGUCAACAGAAACAAGACGCUCUGCCGAACCUGCCUGACGUUACGCACAGCAUACUCAAUAAACUGCAAUACGCUACGAAACCUAUUCAUCAGAAGAUACAUAUAUACGAGGAAAUUACUCGGGAUAUAGAAGGUGUGGAGACUUUAGUCGCUCAAGUGAAUUCCCUGCAACACAAACUAGGAGGCAACGAUGAUUCCAAAGAAUUUACUUCGUUCCUUGUUCAGCUGAUGCGAGGAAAGGAAGUGGAGGUGCCAGGUGGCUCUAGAGGAAACAUAGCCUCUCGGAUAACCACCAUGUUCAGAGAGGCUCAAAAGGCUGCACUUUCAAUGACUUCCGUGAACAGCAACAUGGAAAUAGAUGGUGUCGGGGACGGUAAAUUAAAAACAUUUCCCGAGCCUUCAUGCAAAGAGUUCAUUUUACGGAUUGUGACGCCGAGACCGUCACCCACCUCGACACCGCAACCGCAGAGGAUGUACGCGUGCCUCAAACGAGAUUAUAUCCGGCUGGCCGGCUUCUUCUCAGAGGAUACAAUAUUUGUAUAGUUUACGCGUUUUAAUGUUCACUUCGCGCAAUGCAGAUCAACGCAGUAUCCGAAAUUUUUUUUUGUAUUUUUCAUUUUUUAAUCUU